GUCAAUAUUUACAUUGGUAUAAUAAUUAUGAAUACUACAAGUAAUAAUUUCCUUACUUUGUUCAGUUUCUUUUACAGACCAAAAAUCAUUCAUGGAAAGGAGACUGAUCAUCAGCUGAAGCUGUAAAGAUAUCAAUAAUGAUCAAGAAUCAUUCAAGGAAAGGAGACUGAUCAUCGGCUGAAGCUGUAAAGAUAUCAAUAAUGAGCUUGCAAGUUGGUCCAUGGGGAGGAAGUGGUGGAACCCCAUGGGAUGAUGGGGUUUAUACAGGGGUUAAGACGUUACAUUUAGUGCAUGCAUCUUGCAUUGAUUCUCUUAGGAUUGAAUAUGACAAGGGUGGGCGUUCAGUUUGGUCAGAGAAGCAUGGUGGUGAUGGAGGAGCCACGAAUAAUAAGAUUCAAUUCAAUUACCCGUAUGAGAUUCUGACUUCUAUUAGCGGCCAUUAUGGUCAUAUGUCGCCGGGAACCCCAUGUGUGAUAAGAUCACUCAUAUUUCAUACUAAUGUUAGGAAGCAUGGGCCAUAUGGUGUGGAACAAGGCACUUACUUUUCAUUUCCCACCAGCGGAGGGAAAAUAAAAGGCUUUCAUGGUCGAAGUGGUUGGUACCUGGACUCCAUUGGAGUUUACCUUGCUCACGCUCAUGAGCCCACACUUUGGGAAGCUAUCAAAGUGAGUGCUAAGAACAUAUUAAGGGGUUAAGGGAAACUUUUGAUAACCAUCCUGCUCUAUUUAUGUUAUUUAUUUUUACUACAUAUCACUAUUGUUGUAAGACCCAUAUCUUGUUUAACAGUUGUGUAUUGGAGUUAUAUCAUAUUAUUAUGAUAUUUUGUAUUGGCUGGUUAUAUCAAUAAAAUUGAUAUGAUAGGUUAAUAAAUCUAAAAUUUAUAA